GUGGGCUCUUGCCACGAGAGCUUACGCGAGCACCUGGCAGAGGUGCAGGACAAGAAGAUGGGCGUCACCGUCUUUUACAAGUCCUGCUGGGGCCGUACCUAUGCACACUGCUGUGCUCAGGAGGACCGCUGGAGCGAGUUGCCCGGUGUGGCUUUGGAAGCGAGCCCUUGCCACGCCUUCAGCCAGGCCGAGGACUGGCUGGUGCUGUGCCUCCCGUACGCACGAAGCCUGGAGCUCGUGAUGAAUGAUGGCGGACGCGGCUGGGACAAGGCCCCGGGCGGGAAGAAUUACAAGGUGAUGACUCCCGGCGUCUUUGUGUUGACCCACGGCCACCUGGACCCCGUGGCCUUGCCACCCCAGCAGCCGCAGAACCUCACCGCGGAGGCGGUGGACGGCUCGCGGGUGCAGCUUCUCUGGGAGCCGCCGGCGCUGGCGGACGGGGAAGCCCCGGUGAAGUGCUACCGCAUCUUCCGCAACGGUCGCCUCAUCGGCCAGACCGAGACCACGUCCUGCUAUUUCCUGGACAUCAACCUCUUUGCAUUCACCGACUACGAGUACUCUGUCGCUGCUGUCAACGGCCAGGACGUUGCCGGGCCACUGAGCGAUGCGGCCAGUGUGAAGACCAAGCUGCCAGGGCUGCCCACUGCACCCAGGAACCUGCGCGCCAACACCCGGAAGGAGCAUGGGAGCCUCGUGGUCUCCCUGGAGUGGGAGCCGCCCGCGGACUGCGGAGGCGCGCCCGUGGCUUCCUACGAGAUCCUUCGAGACGGGAGCGUCAUCGACAUCUACGAGGUGCCGAAUGCCCGCAUCCGCAGCGAGGCGGAAGCCGCGAAGCCGCUGGACCCGGAGGCCGCCGCCGCACGACGCUGGGUGCGCUCGACGUGCUCCUACUCCAACCUGAGCUGGUUCAAG